AUGGCUCUGGACAGCAGACGGAAGGAGCUGCUGUUGAAAACGCUGAUGGAGCUGGGGGAGGACGAAUUCGAGUGCUUCAAGUUCUACACGGACCUGCCUAAAAGCCUGCGUGAAAACACCCGCCGUGUGUACAUUGCUGACCAGCUGGUGAUGAAGCACGGCGAUAACACUCUGCAUGAGACCGUCAAGAUUCUGGAGAAGAUCGGGAACAACAAUUUGGCCCAGGACCUGCGCAGCGACAUGCUGAAAAUAAAAGGCGCCGACUUCUCCGUCAACGAUGACGAUCAGAUUGCCAGAUUGAAGAGGGAGCUCCAAGACAACCUGCGGCGUUUAUACAGCUUUGCUUCCGAGGGCACCACCGAGCGCUGGCAGCAGCAGCCUCUGGCGGAAGUCUACACGGAGCUGGACGUCACCUCCGGGGCAGACGUCAGCCCAGACGGGCGGCACGAGGUCCUUCAAGUGGAGACGUGUGCCGCCGAGGCCAAGGUGUCUAUCCUGCCGUGCGACAUCUUCAAAAACCAUGACGGGAAGCCUCGCCCGAUACGCACGCUGCUCACCUUUGGCUUCGCGGGAAUUGGGAAAACCUUCCUGAUUCAAAAGUUUGUGUCGGACUGGGCCAAUGGUAGUACUAACCAGGAUGUGGACUUCAUAUUUCCUUUCACCUUCAGCGAGUUAAACAUGGAGAAAGGGGAGAGCUUUACGUUGGCUAAGCUGAUCCAAACUUUUGUCUGUGGAGACAGGCACAUGAGCGAGACACUGAACAAUAUAUUUGUCAACCUGCAAACUUCUGGGAAGCGGGACUUUGAAAGCAGCCGAAUCAAGAUCUUGUUUAUCCUCGACGGACUGGAUGAGUGCAACUUCAAAAUUGACUUGAAGAAAGUGAGGAAAGUGGACAUGGACGUGAGGGAAAGCUACCCGCUGGAGGUACUGCUGGCAUAUCUCAUCAAAGGGAACUUGCUUCCCUGCGCCCGGGUUUGGAUUACAACGCGGCCCGGGGCAGCCCACGAUAUCCCUUCCGACCUCAUAGACAGCCGAACAGAGGUUAGAGGAUUCAGCGAUUCCCGGAAGUUGGAGUACUUCAGGAAAAGGUUCCCAAAUGAGGAGCGCGUCAUUGAGCACAUUCGGAAAUCUCGCACCAUCUUCAUCAUGUGCCACAUUCCCAUCUUCUGCUGGCUCACCGCCAUAGUUCUUAAGGGUACUUUGGACAAAGGGAAGAAGGGAGAGCUUCCCACAACGCUGACUUACAUGUACUCAGCGCUUAUAGGUCACCUCCUAGAAAACUCCAAGGAGACAAAUACAACGGAGUACGUUUGUGGCGUGAAAGCGCUAGCAAAGCUGGCCUUUGACCACACCAUCAAUCAGCGUCAGAUCUUCGAUGAAAAGGACCUAGAGGACAGCGGUUUUGAUUACAGCCAAGCCGCUAAAUACUCCGGUUUGUUCACCGAGGUGUUAAGGGAGGUCCAUCCGCUCAGAAGCAACAAAAAAAAGAUGUUUCAGUUUAUCCACCUGACCAUCCAGGAGUAUCUGGCCGCACUAUACGUGAUGAUGAGCCUCUUCCACGACAACAAGAACGUACUGAAUGAUUCAGAAUGGAAAAAAAUAAACCAGAAGGCAAUCACUGAGGUCCAGCAGUCGGCUCUGGAGAAAGCCUCAGAGAGUGAAGGAAACCUGGACAUGUUCCUCCGCUUCCUCCUUGGCCUUUCCUUACCGUGCAACCAGGAACUAGUGGGGGAACUGCUGAAGGCUCCUCAGGACUGCGAGCAAAGCAAGUCAAAGACAGUCGAUUUGAUCACGGAAAGGAUCGAACAGAACACUCCAGAGAAGAAUGUCAACUUAUUCUACUGCCUAAACGAGCUGAAGGACGAAUCCUUGCUGAAGCGGAUCCAGAAGGAACUAGAUUCAGGACGACAUCUGUCCUGGUAUCAAAUGUCAAAUGACAUGUGGUCGGCCCUGGCCUUUUUCUUACUUACAGACGACGAAACCAUGAAGUCCUUUCAUCUUUCCCGCUACUCUCCAGGGCCUUCGGGGCUUGAGAAGCUGCUGUUGGUUAUCAAGGCUUCUCAAAAAUCAGAUCUAAGUUUAUGUAACCUAGACAAAGGCAGCUGUCAUCUGCUGGCUUCCGUUCUCAGUUCUCCAUCCAACCUGAGGCAUCUGAAUCUGGGCUUGAACCAUCUGUCGGACGAGGGGGUGGAGAUCCUCUCGAAAGGACUGGCCAGCCAACACUGCAACUUAGAAGUCCUCAACCUGUCCGACUGUGGGAUCACCAAGCUGGACCUGAGCUGGAACAAACUGUCGUAUGAAGGGGUUGAGAUCCUCUCGGAAGGACUGGACAGCCCACUCUACAUCUUAAAAGUCCUCAGUCUAUUUGAUUGUGACCUGGACAUUGGCAGCUGUCACCUGUUGGCUACUGUUCUCAGUUCUCCAUCCAACCUGAGGCAUCUGGACCUGUACUCCAAUGAUCUAUCGGACAAGGGGGUGGAGAUCCUCUCGAAAGGACUGGCCAGCCAACACUGCAACUUAGAAGUCCUCAAGCUGUCCGACUGCGGGAUCACCAGUAAAGGAUGUGUUUCAUUGGCUGAGGCUCUCAAGUUGAACCCCUCCCAUCUUCAGGACCUGUACCUUUCCAAGAACAAUCUAUCGGACGAGGGGGUUGAGAUCCUCUCGAAAGGACUGGCCAGCCCACACUGCAUCUUAAAAGUUCUGAAGCUGUCAGAGUGCGAGAUCACGAAGAAAGGAUGUGCUUCAUUGGCCGAGGCUCUCAAGUUAAACCCCUCCCAUCUUCAAGAGUUAUUUCUCAUCAACUAUCAAAUAGAGGAAGAAGACGAGAGGGUCUUAUUGAAGAUCAAGAAGGAUCCCAACUAUAGCCUGAAGACUGUCAAAUUUAACAAAUGGGAAUAA